AUGGUGGAAGCGAAGCAACUACUGAUGCUUGGAGAGGAAAAGCAAGCCGUCGUGCUUCUCAUGCGGCUCUUUCUUAUGGAUUUUGAUGAGGAUGAUCAGAAUCUGGUUAAGAAGAGCAACGACAUCCCCGAGAUGGAUCUAGUGAUUUACAACCCCAUCGACAUCUCUGAAAUGGAUCUAGUCCACGGCGAGCUCCGGCGGUGGGAAUUGAAGUUUCAGCGGAGGAGGGAUAGAAACUGAGUGGUGGUGGUGAGAGUGAUGAGGAGAUCGAGGGUUCGAGUUGGAUUGUUGCGAGGCCUCCGUUUCUGACCAUGGUGGAGCCAACGUAGAAGAAACAAAAAUUGGAAAAAAGAGAGCAGAAAAAAAAAAAAAAGAUGGAAGAAAUGUGUGAGGGCAAAAUUGUCAUAUAUACAGAAAAUACAUAAAAUAUCAUUUUUUUUUUGUCGAGAGCUAGUUUCUUAAUUAUUGAUUUUUUUUGGUUAUAGAGUCAAAUUUCUCUAUUUUUUAUCGUUAAGACCAUAUGCCUUUUUAGCCUUCAUAGAGAUGCUAAAUAGAAAUGGUCAGCUGACAUUUAAUUACAACCAUAUAAGAAUAUCAAUAAGAAAAUUUUCUUUGAAA